AUGUCACAAUCGAACCAUGCCCGGGUACGGGGUCUGGCUGCCGCCUUUCUCUUAACCACAUUGGUAGAUGCUGCACAGGCCGCUGUUCCCUCCGCCACGUACAUUGGCAUGGGAACGUCUCCCAGAUCGAACGACAAUGUCACGGUCUCGGUCAAUGUCCCUGACAAUAGUACCGACACCCUUUUCUACCACUUCUCUGCGCCUUCGACCCAGAAAUGGGCAGCCUUUGGAUUUGGAAGCAGGAUGAAGGAUUCACUGAUAUUUGUUACAUACGCCUCGGAGAAUGGAAAAAAUGUCACGGUCAGCCCUCGACUAGGGAAGGGACACUCGAUGCCACAGCACACGGACGAGGUAAAGGUCGAUGUGCUGGAGGGAAGUGGCAUCAUCAAUGAUGUCUUUGUUGUCAACGCGAAAUGCACAGGCUGCCGUAGCUGGGAUGGUGGCAGCGUUGAUGUUGACAGCGACGAUCAGGACAUGAUAUGGGCAUUGGGACCAGAUGGAAGCUUGAAAUCGGAUGACGUCUCGGCUUCCAUCAGCCAACACGGAGAGUACAACUAUUUCGACCUCAAUCUCAGGGAUGCCACUGGGACUGGAGGGGUUCCCAGUGUAUCUGAAAGUACUACCACCGAUGACGACUUCCAUGACGGUCCUUUCGACAGCGACCACGCAAAUGCGGGUAUUGCUUUCCACGCUUUCCUCAUGGUUUCUGCAUUUUUGAUCGUCUUCCCUGCUGGCUACCUGCUCUUGCGUAUUCUCAACAAUGUUGUAGUACACUGGGCAACACAAACAUUCGCUUUGCUUAUGGUCUGUGUGGGCACCGCUGCUGGAAUCGGUCUCAGUAUCAGGCAGGAUCUGUCACCGAACUUGACAUCUGGCCACCAAAUUUUAGGACUCGUCGUCUUCGCUCUCGUUGUCGCGACUUGGGUUAUCGGGUUUCUCGGUCAUCGCAUCUACAAAAAGACCGGCGCACCGGCCAAGAUCAUGCUGGGCCACCGUGUUCUUGGUCCUGGGAGCAUCCUUCUGGGUAUUGUCAACACUUUUGUAGGCUUCAAUUUCGCCGACAAUCAUCGCGGCAUGAUUAUCUACGGCAUUGCGACUUUCUUUCUGCUUCUCGUUGUUGGGGGAUGGACCAUGAUCAGGAGGCGACAGGAAAUGCGCAAGGCGCCCAUGAAUACGCCCGCAGCAAUGAACUUUCGCGAGGGACAGUAUGAGCCGCCCCAGGGACCGCCUCCACCAUUGUACGGUGAGGGCGGUAUUCCGCUCCAGAGUUACUCGAACGCACCACCGGGGUAUAGAUGA